GGCACGGUCCCCGCGGCUCCGGCCGCGCCUCCUCUCGAGCUAGCGGCGGGUAGGAGCCCGCAAGCCCGCGGCAGCCUCCCAGUCCUCAGCCCUUUCUCUCCAGAACCGGUCUCCUUCCCGAAGAAGACACCCUGACCCAGGACCUUAAACGCUAGGACCCGGGGAAGAGGAAAAGGAAAGGGGAAGGAGGAAAAGAGAAAGGAAGACUAGGACAACCCUGCAGAUCACCAGAAACUUUCCACCCUGGAUUCUCUACUUUUGCUCCAUGGACAGAGCCCCAGCCAGCCAAGUUUCAGACAGACCGUGAGCAGUCCCUGCGCGUUUUAUUGCGACCUGCCGGUGGGAACUUUGUCUCCAAAUCGGAGCAGCAUGGAGCGGCGGAGCGAGAGCCCGUGUCUGCGGGACAGCCCCGACCGAAGGAGCGGCAGCCCCGACGUCAAGGGGCCUCCCCCGGUGAAGGUGGCCCGGCUGGAGCAGAACGGCAGCCCCAUGGGAGCCCGCGGGAGGCCCAACGGCGCAGUGGCCAAGGCCGUGGGAGGUUUGAUGAUUCCUGUCUUCUGUGUGGUGGAGCAGUUGGACGGCUCUCUGGAAUAUGACAACAGAGAAGAGCACGCCGAGUUCGUCUUGGUGCGAAAAGACGUGCUUUUCAGCCAGCUGGUGGAGACCGCGCUCCUGGCCCUGGGAUAUUCCCACAGCUCCGCAGCUCAGGCCCAAGGAAUAAUCAAGCUGGGGAGGUGGAACCCCCUCCCACUCAGUUAUGUGACAGACGCCCCUGACGCAACCGUGGCAGACAUGCUUCAAGACGUCUAUCACGUCGUGACGUUGAAGAUCCAAUUACAAAGUUGUUCGAAGUUGGAAGACUUGCCUGCGGAGCAGUGGAACCACGCCACGGUCCGCAAUGCCUUAAAGGAACUGCUCAAAGAGAUGAAUCAGAGCACAUUAGCCAAAGAAUGCCCUCUCUCCCAGAGUAUGAUUUCAUCCAUUGUAAAUAGCACGUACUAUGCCAAUGUGUCAGCAACCAAGUGCCAAGAGUUUGGGAGAUGGUAUAAAAAGUAUAAGAAGAUUAAAGUGGAAAGAGUGGAACGAGAAAACCUUUCAGACUAUUGUGUUCUGGGCCAGCGUCCAAUGCAUUUACCAAAUAUGAACCAGCUGGCAUCCCUGGGGAAAACCAACGAACAGUCUCCUCAUAGCCAAAUCCACCACAGUACUCCCAUACGAAACCAAGUGCCCGCCUUGCAGCCCAUCAUGAGCCCUGGGCUCCUCUCACCCCAGCUCAGUCCGCAGCUCGUCAGGCAGCAGAUAGCCAUGGCCCACCUGAUCAACCAACAGAUCGCCGUCAGCCGGCUCCUGGCUCACCAGCACCCUCAAGCCAUCAACCAGCAGUUCCUGAACCAUCCGCCCAUCCCCAGAGCAGUGAAGCCAGAGCCGACCAACUCCUCUGUGGAGGUCUCUCCCGAUAUCUACCAGCAAGUCAGAGACGAGCUGAAGAGGGCCAGCGUGUCCCAGGCUGUCUUCGCCAGGGUGGCAUUCAACCGCACACAGGGAUUACUGUCGGAGAUUCUGCGUAAAGAGGAAGACCCCAGGACUGCCUCUCAGUCUCUGCUCGUAAACCUGAGGGCCAUGCAGAACUUCCUCAACCUUCCGGAAGUGGAGCGCGAUCGCAUUUACCAGGAUGAGAGGGAACGGAGCAUGAACCCCAAUGUGAGCAUGGUCUCCUCCGCCUCUAGCAGCCCCAGCUCCUCCCGAACCCCACAGGCCAAAACCUCGACACCGACAACAGACCUCCCUAUUAAGGUGGACGGCGCCAGCGUCAACAUCACAGCUGCUAUUUAUGAUGAGAUCCAACAGGAGAUGAAAAGGGCCAAGGUGUCUCAAGCCCUGUUUGCCAAAGUGGCUGCGAACAAAAGUCAGGGCUGGCUCUGUGAACUGCUUCGCUGGAAGGAGAACCCCAGCCCAGAAAACCGCACCCUUUGGGAGAAUCUCUGCACCAUUCGCCGCUUCCUGAAUCUUCCCCAGCACGAGAGGGACGUGAUCUAUGAGGAGGAAUCGCGACAUCACCACAGCGAACGCAUGCAGCACGUGGUCCAGCUCCCGCCCGAGCCCGUGCAGGUCCUCCAUCGACAGCAGUCCCAGCCGACCAAGGAGAGCUCUCCUCCCAGAGAAGAGGCGCCCCCACCACCCCCUCCCGCCGAAGACAGUUGUGCCAAAAAACCCCGCUCCCGCACCAAGAUCUCCCUAGAAGCCCUGGGCAUCCUGCAGAGCUUCAUCCACGACGUGGGCCUCUACCCCGACCAGGAAGCCAUCCACACCCUCUCGGCCCAGCUGGAUCUCCCCAAGCACACCAUCAUCAAGUUCUUCCAGAACCAGAGGUACCACGUGAAGCAUCACGGGAAGCUGAAGGAGCACCUGGGCUCCGCCGUGGACGUGGCGGAGUACAAGGACGAGGAGCUGCUGACCGAGUCGGAGGAGAACGACAGCGAGGAGGGCUCCGAGGAGAUGUACAAGGUGGAGGGGGAGGAGGAGACCGCAGAGAAGAGCCAGGCAGCGCCCGCCGAGACCGACCAGAGAUAA